AUGUCUCAUUCUUCGAUUGACCCAGCUUUUGCAUCACAGCCUGUUUCUCGUGACGUGGACCGCCCAACUGGUACACAGCUGUUUAUUGACAACCUGGUUCACCGAUUCAACCUCACAAGCGACCACAGUGCAGAUCUCACUUUUCUUUAUCAGAUCUGUACAGCCGUGCCUGAAGAGCAACCUCCUUACACCGAAGUGAUAAGUCGAAUCAUGAUGUUGGCCUGCCAGUUUGGGGCCGAAGUUCGUCUGCAUAAAGCACUGACUGCCACGCAAACACAUCUACAAGGACUCGGGCAGCUGAGCAGUUUUUUGGCUGAUUAUGAGCUGCAAAAAGAUGAGAACUUUGUGUUAUCAAACGCACAAAAGAUGGCCAUUAAAUCAACCUGUAUCAAAGAGCUUCUAAAGCCCUCUAGACAGUCCUUUAAGACGCUUCACAUCGAUGUUGAGGCAAAGAUGAAAAAAAAGCCCGCAGACAAUUACCUUGACAACAUCCUGAAUCGGCUGGGACGUGAGGCCAAAUGGAUGGCGCAUAUACGAACCGUUUGUACGAUUCAGAGAAACACGCUUCGAAAAGAGAUCAUACAAAGCAUAACUCCAGGCCCAAAGUUUACUUCUGUGCAAGAAUUUGCGGCGGGCCUCAUUGUGAAAUAUCGUCUGCCUACGUCAGAGUCUGGUGCAAAUUCCAACACAGCUUACCUCUCAAAACAUGUGUUAUUGCGGCGGUUUUUCUGGGACCAUUCAUCUACGUUUUCGGCCUUUGAACUUGAGAAGGAUGACAACAACUCAGAAGAGGAGAACAAUGACCAGGAUUUUGGAACACCAAGCACCGACAACUCUAGCGAUUCGGGUCAUUCUGCUACCAAAAAACGUAAAUUGCAAAAAACAAACAUUCCCGCUGGGAAAACUCGCGGUCGGGUGGCUGAUGGCGAAGACUAUUGGUCCAAAGUUGAUCAAUGGCUCAAGAGGCUUGACGAUGAGCUGGGAGAUAAUACAGCUGAGUUGAAACAGUCCGAGUUUUCUCUUGUAUUCUCAAUGAGUUAUGCUAAGCUUGUGAAUAGAUUUAUUGCUGAAUGUCUGGAGAUGGACUCUCUCAGGACCAAUAAAGGCUUAGAUUUCUCAAGCCACCCUUCCGAGCGCUCUUUUACCAGCCCUAGCAAUGUCACAUCCGACCCACAACCCACCACUAUACAGUCCUUUCCUUCCAAUUCUUCUUCGAGGCUGCCUGAACCUCAUUUAAAUUUUGGUAAUGCAAUUGCUCAAUUAUUUAGUGGUCCUUCAACAGGUAGACCUUUUUAG